AUGUACAUUCAGAAAAUUGUGCCUAAUGCCUUUUCCGAAUCGAGAUUUUAUAAUUUAUUUAUGGUGGAAUUGUUGGAAAUGGUAAUAACUCAGACAAUUGUUCUGUUUGGAGUUGUUUGUUUUUGGAGGGGUAUUUGGGGUUUGGCUGAUUUUUAUAUUCAUUAUGAGGAUAAUAAUAGUACUUUGAGACUUGGGUGGACAACUUUAAUGAUUGGAGUGGUUGGUUCAUUUAUUACUCAAACAGGUUCUGUUUUGGUUACUAGAUUGGGAAUAUUAAAUUUACUGGUUUCAAAUUUUGAAAGUGAUGCCAAAUUGGAGACUGCUCAGGCAUCUUACUCUGCAGAUAGAGGGACAACUUCUCAAGUUGGUAAGAAGCAUGCAAGUUUGUGGAUUCGUCUUGCCAUGAAGCUCUAUACCUAUAUUGUUGCCAUCUCAAUUAUUUUGUGUUGGAAGGGAUCUUGGAUGGUUAUGGAUGGAUAUUUUGAGAAAUGGUUCAAAGAUACAUUUGUCACUAAUUGGAUUUCUCAUAUUAUUGCUGCCCUAGUUUUGAUUUGGUUCUAUACAUUCAGAAGUGUUUUGUCACCAGCUUCUAUGGAUAGAGAAAAUCAUUUCGAAUCACUUAUUGUUUCAAAGUGGAGUGGUUUGUCAAGACCACUCGUCAAGGAAUGGGCCAAGAGCUUUAUUUCUAAAAACAAGGAUUUUGCAGAAAAUGCUUAG